AUGGAUUUCAUGGGAACUAUCAUUAAUUCAUCAAUAAAUUUUGUCAAGAGAGUUCCAGCAAAGAAUAUCGAUUUCCUUACAGAACUAAAGAGCAAAAGCUCCCCGAAGAUACAAACAAAUGUAAUGGAAAAACUCAAGACAUGCUUCAUCGAUAGUUUUCGGGAUUUAAUCGACUACAGCAUUCCUUACUUAGAGUCAACAGACCCAGACUACCAAGAAUUUUCAUCAGAUCCGAAAAUUCCUCUUUACGCAGCUGUUUCAAAGAUCGUAAAGUCGACACAGUUUGAAUGGGCUACAUACCCAGGAGCCAUAGUACUCAUCAGACGUAUUACAAAUGGACACGAUAAAAAAAUCAGUGUCAAUAAUAUGCAAAGACUUAUGCUGAUCUCAUUAUUACUAGCGGAUAAGUUCAUUGAAGACAGUCCUGCAAGCAAUUAUGACUUUGCGCAUGCCUUAGGAUAUUCUUCAGUACUUUUUAUUUUCUAA